AUGGCUACUAAAUAUACUGAUGCUUCUGACCCUACUUCAGUUCCUCACCAACGAUUCACUGACGUUAAAUAUGAAACGAACGAGUUUCUUCUACCUAUUGAUGACUGUCAAAAAGUUGAUCUACUUCCUAUUGAAUGUUCAAAUGGAAAAGUCAUCAAAAAUCAUUCAUAUUUUGCAAAAGAAGAUGAAGUUUUACUAUUACCAGGCAUUGAACUUCUUGUUACAGGUAAAGUCUGUCCAGCAUGGGGACUUUCUAUUAUUGAACUAAGAGAAAUUACUGAUAGUUCUAUUGUUUUACUAAAACCACCUUUCUUAGAAUCAUCUACACAACCCACCAAAGCUGAUUCUACUAUCUCAGCAGAUUUUAAUAAGAAAUUAACAUUAACUACAACUUCACCAAGUUCAAGCACUGCUAUUCUGCAAUCAAAAGAAUUAUUAGAGGAAGUGAAAACGCUUCUACAAGAAUUAAAAUUCCAUAAUGAGAAAUUUAACGAUGGAUGGUUAGAAUUAAAUAUUGCAAAUCUGUCUCUUGAUGAUGGUAAAGCAAUUGCAGAAGGAUUGAAAAUGAAUAAAAAUGUUGAUAAAUUUCUGAUUAGUUCAAACAAUAACUCUAUGGAGUGUCUUAAAUAUAUGGUCGAUUAG